UAAAAUCUUAACGAUAUAACCCACAAAAUAAUCCAAACAAAUUACUCCUACUACAUAAAAUUAAGUAAAUCAGAGGAAAAAACCACAGUUUCUAAUGCAACACCAACAAGAGUCAGAUUACCUGCUUUCAGCUGUGGUGGCGCCGCCGCCGCAAACGGGUUGUAUUCACUCUUCUGAGAUGUCGGCGCUGACCUACGUGGACUCUUCGGGUCUGCCGCAAAGCGGUGGCGGCGGGAAUUGGUCGUCUUAUUCUCGGAAUUUUGUUGAUUCUGCGAACUCAUCUUCCAGCUCUGGCCGGAAAAGGAGGCAUCAUCAUCGACAAGAUUCUAAAUCAGUUGUGGAAGAAACGCCGCUACCGGAAUCCCCAACCGUCUCAUAUCCGGAAACCGGAGAAAGACGACGAAAAUACAGAGGCGUCCGCCAACGUCCGUGGGGCAAAUGGGCGGCCGAGAUAAGAGACCCCGUAAAAGCCGCCAGGGUUUGGCUCGGCACCUUCGACACCGCCGAGGCCGCCGCCCGAGCGUACGACGAGGCGGCGCUGCGCUUCCGCGGCAGCCGAGCCAAACUCAACUUCCCGGAAUACGCCCAAAUCCUGCCCCAGUCCACACAAUUCACCACCACCACCACAUCCGCCCCUCCGCCGCCGCAGUCAUUUUUCGAGACCUCCGGUAGAGACUACUUGGAAUACUCGGAGCUGCUGGGGAGCGGCGGCGAUGUGCAAUCGGCGACGCUGUUUGAGAAUAUGAUGUAUUCAAAUCCUUCUUAUUCUUCUUCUGUUUCGUCGUCAUAUCCAUUGUUAUUCUCUUUCAAUCCACAAGGGAGCGAUCAUCGCAUUCAAGAUGAAGGCAUAAGCAGAAGCAGAAGCUUUCCGGCGCCACCGUGGACGACGGGCUUCUAUCCGCCGUCCUCCACCGGAUAAUAUGCAUUUUCAAUUCUUUUUUUGUUUCUUAUAAAUUAUUUUUCUUAGUCAUAAAAAAAUAUAUAGUAGUACUUGUUUAAUAAUGUUAAUUAAUUUCUCUGUACUUUUAUUCAGCCAAUUUUUUGGGAUGUUGAGUUGAAAGUUUGGUGAUGGGGAUGAA